AUGGCCGCAAAUACGCUGCCCCCGGGCAGGCUGAAGUACCUGGAGGGCCUCGCGCCGGACCAGGCCACCUUCCAGAAGUACGUCGAGGAUGAGGCGCGCUCGCGCGGCUGGGUAAAGCCCACCGAGCUGCUGCCCCGCGCCGCGCGGUCGCGCCGCGCGCCGCCGCCGUCCCCGGACCCCGCCCCCAAGAAACAGGGGCUGAAGAGGCGCCGCGAGACGUGGGAAAAGCUGCCCUCGUCGUCCCAGAAGCGCUCGCGGCGCGGCGGCUGGCGCGGCGCGCCGCUGGUCCUUCAGACCAUAACAAACCGCGCCCCGCAGUCCCUGGACAGCGUCGUCGUCGCCUGCGACGACGAGCGCGUCGAGGGCACCGCCAUUGCCGUCGUCGGCGACACUGUGCAGGUCCAGCCGUUCGCGCAGGGCUCGGAACCGCUCGUCGUGAAGAAGGAGGAGACCGCCGUCACGGUGGCGCGCGCUCCCGAGGCGCUCGAGGACGUCCUCGCCGCGCGACGGACGCCGUUCUUCGCCCCGAAGGUCGGACCCAUCUUCUCGGGCGACUCGCUGUUGCUCAAGGACGGCAGCAUGGUCGUCUUCCUGCAGCCCUCGUCGUCCUCAAGGAUCGAGGUCUUGGAGCUCUACAAGAUCGACGCGUUGCCCAAACACAUCAACAGGUCGACUGCGUCCACCUGCGAUGUCGUCCUCUCGUCGACUUCUAGAGAGGUCUCGGUGACCUCCGUCGUGGGGCCUGUGUGGGUCGUGUCGCAGGACAAGGCCAGAAGUGGUGCCUACGACGGCCUCGCGCGAGUCUACACCCUCGACCAGUGGUUUGAUGGUACGUCGCCGGCGCUGCGACCGCUUCCAGAGCGCUGCGUCGCGUCGCUGAUCGACGACAGGCCGUCGACGAUGAGCGGCUUGUGGGACUUGUUAAACGUGCGCGUCGCCGUUGCUGAUGCCGUCGGCGAGCUCCUCCGCGGGAAAAAAAAGAAGCGGCGGCCGUUACGACGUGUUUCGAAGUUGCGCUGGGCCUACCCUCGCGGCGUCGGGCAUGUGGAUCGAGAAGUUCACGGCGAAGCGCGUCGUGGCGCGCGGGCGGCCAGGCGGCGCCGACGUGACGCGCCUCCAGUUCUACCGUUUCGAGCGGUUCUCGCUUAGCGGCGAUGACGUGGUGCGCCUGGAGAGCGAGUUCCGGAUCUUGGCGCGGCGGCGACGCGGUCUACACGAGUAGCGCCCCUAAAAGGCGGCUUCAAGGAGACGAGGGUGCCGACGACGCUGGACGAGUUCAACAAGCUCGUGCGGGUGACGUGCACUUACAACGUCGACACCGGCGAAUUGAAGCUCAACGCCCGCUUCGAGGUCAAGUCGCCCGCCGAGGCCGGUGCCACGAACGUUUAAUCUGACGGCGCCGUCGCCGUUGCCACCGCCGGAGACGGCCGUCGAGCCCGUCGCGCCCGUCGAAGACACGCUGUCCGCGACGGUCGUCGCGGAGUUGCAGAUGAAACAGUUCGAGCUCGACGGCGUCGUUUACACUAUCACGGCGGCGACGGCGGCGUCGUGCGAGUUUAGGGAGGCCUACCCGGUCGCCGGCGCGGACGUGCCGACGCUCACGCGUCCAACGUCUGAAGUCCAUGCACUCGUCGCAGCCUACGAAGAGUAA